AUGGGAUAUCAAGACAACUCUAUUGCACUAGGAAACAAGUGUACAUUUCUUGAGCUAUGCAAGUGUUUACCUUUGGUUCAGGUUCUGAAAAUCUCAAAGCCUUAUAUGAAGUUCGCUAAAGGAAGUAUGCAGAAACUCCCUACUUUACUAGUCCACUUUAGGAUACUUUUUCUUGAUGUGUGUUUUCUGGAACAAGAUGAGCUUUCGGAUGCUCUCAGUGUGAUCAGAAGCUCCCCAAAUUUGGAGAAGAUAAAAAUAGAGCCGUGUUUGAAGCAUGAGUUGUGCUAUCGAGAAACUUGCAAGGACUUGCUUGAUCUUCAAGACUAUUCAGGCAUCAACUUGGAUCAUCUUGAAGAACUCGAGAUAACAAGUGUCCAUAACUCUGCUCCAGAGAUGGAGUUUCUGAAACUCAUCAUGGCGAUGUCGCCUCUGCUUAAGAAAACACGAAUAAAGCUUAUUUCAGAUGUUUCUAUGGAUGAAGAAAAUAAGAUGCUUCGAGAUUUGUUGUCAACAACCCUUCACCAUUAUCUUUUCACCAUUGAUGGUGAUGGGUUAUACUUAGUGGUGGAUGAAAAGGGAAAAUUUUGUGAAGAUAGUUUUCAAUAUGCUUUUAAUGCUCUUGUUCAUGCUAAUGAUGGUGACAAGAAGAAAGAUAAUGGGAAAUGGCAGAAAGGGUUAGUUAAUGAUAGAGUUGGUGAAGAUAGUGAUAUAUUUAAGAUGGUGAAGGUGAUUAUUCAACACCGAUAUGAUCCAGUAAUAAUCUUUAAUUUUAGCAAAAGAGAAUGUGAAUUUCUUGCAAUGCGGAUGACGAAAAUGGACUUGAAUGAGGAUGAUGAGAAAGUGAACAUGGAAACCAUUUUUGAGUUCUUUGGACAUGCUAUUAGAUGA